AUGUAGCUGGCUCGACGAGAGAUUGAUGUUCUCACAAUUCCCAACAAACAACAGGUGCUCGUCCACGAGCCCAAAACGAAGGUUGACCUAACCAAGUACCUGGAGAAUCAGUCAUUCCGUUUUGACUACGCCUUUGACGAGACAGCCGACAAUACGCUGGUAGGUUAG